AUUUGCGCGCAUGAAACUCGGCCUCUUUGGCAGGUGAUCAUGGGAAGCACAAGAUUAUCGAUCAGUCCGGAAAUGGGAUGGAUAAUACUCCGUAGCGUCACAAGUUAAAAAGGACGGGAACAGAAGAGAAACUCGACCCCUCCAUCUCCAAAUUCCCCCCCUCAAUCAACACCUCUGACAUCAUCCCACAUUACACAAACCACCUUCCAAAAUUACCACCAACCACCACCCUACCAACAACAGAGCAAAAAAUGGCAGACGCACCUGUGACCUUCCUCCCGUUAGGGGCCAUCAUCCAAGAGCUGCGCGUCGGCGGGGUGAACAUUGUGCAGGGGUUCCCCGAGCAGGGGCACUACGAAAAGCACAACGGCCCCUUCUUUGGCGAGACGAUCGGCCGCGUGGCCAACCGCAUCAAGGGUGCCCAGAUCCAGGACCUCAACGGCGGCAAGACCUACUCGCUGGCCGCCAACAACGGGCCCAAUAACCUGCACGGCGGUGUCGUCGGCUGGGGCAAGAAGAUCUGGAACGGGCCGACCCCCGUCGGCGUGCGCGACAUCCCCGGGAUCCCAGGAGGUUCCCUCGACGGUGGGGAGAGCGUCAAGUUCAGCCUGGUCAGCCCGGACGGGGACGAGGGUUUCCCUGGCACCGUCGAGGCCAGCGUGGUGUACACCGUUGGAAAGCAGGUGCAGGAUGGGAAGGAGGUGGUUGUGCUCGGGAUGGAGUACGAGGCGGAACUGGUGGGGGGCGCGGAUGAGACGGUUAUCAACAUGACAAACCACUCGUACUUCAACCUCACUGGGGGUCCGUCAAUCGAGGGCACUGUCGUCACCCUCGCAACAAACAGCUAUCUCCCUGUCGACGACGGCGGCAUUCCCACCGGCGGCCCCAAGCCGUUCAGCAAGGUCGAAGCGAACAAGCCAGUCACGCUGGGUGCCCAGGAGCCGGAUAUCGACGACUGCUUUAUUGUCAACGAGGUGCCGGGCACUGUCCCCAUCGACACCCGCCCCUUGCCUCUGACAAAGCUCGUGAGCGCCUUCCAUCCCGAGUCUAAAAUCCACCUCGAGGUGUACAGCACCGAGCCAGCCUUCCAAUUCUACACUGGCAAGUAUAUCGACGUUCCCGAAGUCGCAGGCGUCCCGGCGCGCAAGGCCCGCAGCGGUUUCUGCGUGGAGCCCAGCCGGUAUGUCAACGCGUGUAACGUGCCGGAGUGGAAGGGCCAGAUGCUCCUGAAGAAGGGGGAGAAGUACGGCUGCCGCAUCGUGUAUCGGGCCUGGAAGGAGUAGGGUGUAAUAGCAGUCGUCAUUCCAAGGGACUCGGAUUGUAGCGUAGAUUUGCCGCAGUGGAGGGAGCUCACUCCACCAUGAGCUCGUCUUCAUCUGCCUCAUCUCCAAGACCUUCUCCAUUGCCCCCCGCCGCGGGGACCUU